AGGGCUGGCUCUGCACGGUGCUUCUGGCGGAGAGUAUGGAAAAAUUGAUUUCCCAUAUAGCAUAACUGAGCAAACAGCCCGUCCGUACCUAAAUACAAGGAGAAGUGCUGGGAUUAGCUCUGUUCCUCGCCGUGAAGCUGCCCUCGUACCUUGGUACCUUCGGUGGCAGAAGAACAGCUCUCGUGUGAAAGAACAGAAAGCAUCUGUUGGUGUGAUGCUACUUCAGCAGAUCUUACCUGAUACCCAGCUUGGUGCUGUAUGAAAAACAACCCGAGUAUAAGUUUAAACUGAAUUUCUUGAGCUGGACAAAGGCUGCUUAUCAUAUCCGCAUGCUGUGUUUUACCUUGUGUUAAUAAGGUCUGCUGCUCUCUUCAUUAGUUCUUUUUAUGGUCCAGCAAUUGAUACCCUACAUUUUAUUUAUCAACAUGUUGUAUCCACGAUUUCCAGUUGUCAUGUCCUGCACAUAGGUCAGGUAACUCAGCAGCUUCACAAUGUGCGGCAUCUGGGCCUUGUUUGGAAGCGAUGAAUGCCUUUCUGUGCAGUGUCUGAGUGCCAUGAAGAUAGCUCAUAGAGGUCCUGAUGCAUUUCGUUUUGAGAAUGUCAAUGGAUUCACCAACUGCUGUUUUGGUUUCCACCGCCUUGCGGUUGUUGACCAGCUGUAUGGCAUGCAGCCGAUCCGGGUGAAGAAGUUCCCUUAUCUGUGGCUGUGUUACAAUGGAGAAAUCUACAAUUUUAAACAGUUGCAGAAGCAGUUUGGAUUUGAGUAUCAAACACUGGUGGAUGGUGAGGUUAUCCUUCAUCUUUACAACCGAGGAGGGAUAGAACAAACAGCAUCCAUGCUGGAUGGUGUAUUUGCUUUCAUCCUUCUGGACACAGCAAACAGAAAAGUGUUUCUUGCAAGAGACACCUAUGGAGUCAGACCACUGUUUAAGGUGCUGACUGAUGAUGGAUUUUUGGGUGUCUGUUCUGAGGCAAAAGGACUUAUCAACUUAAAGCAUUCAACAUCCUUAUUUCCUAAAGUGGAACCAUUUCUUCCGGGUCAUUAUGAAGUGCUGGAUUUGAAGCCCUCUGGCAAGGUUGCGUCAGUGGAAGUAGUAAAGUUUCAUAGUUACAAAGAUGAACCACUCCAUGCUGCUUGUGAUACAGUGGAAAAUCUGCCUUCAGGCUUUGAUCUUGAAACAGUGAAGAGCAACAUCCGUGUUCUGUUUGAAAAUGCUGUUAGAAAGCGUUUGAUGGCUCACAGAAGGAUUGGUUGUCUUUUGUCAGCCUCUGAGGACAGGCAGGAAGAUGAUGUGAUUGUUUCCUCCAGCUUAAAUCAGGUGAUUUCCUUCAAAGCAGCCCACCCCAAGCAGCACCUGCUGCAGCACCAGGACAUGCAGCAGGUGCCAGGGCCCAAGGCUGCUUGA